AUGAAUUUCGUCUAUGUCCUUAGCGGUUGGGAAGGAUUGGCAUCUGAUUCACGGAUACUUAGGGAUGCUAUUACUCGACGUAAUGGCUUGAAAAUACCUGUUGGGUGUUAUUACUUAGUGGAUGCUAGUUAUACUAAUGGGAGAGGACUUUUAUCUCCUUAUAAAAAUGUCUGCUAUUAUGUGAAUGAGUGUGUUCAAGGUCAUCGGGCACCACAAAAUCAUCUAGAGUUAUUUAAUAAGAAGCACUCUUCGGCUAAAAAUGUGAUUGAGCGAUGUUUUGGGUUGCUUAAGAAAAGAUGGGCAAUUCUACGAAGUCCCUCGUUCUAUCCUAUUAGGAUUCAAAGCCACAUUAUUAUUGCUUGUUGUUUGUUACAAAAUUUUAUUCGUAUGAAUAUGGAUGUUGAUCCUAAAGAAUAUGCAACUCUUUUAUCAGAACAUAUACACGUAGGAGAUGAUACUAUAGUUGAUGAAGCUGAUACAAUUGAUGUUGUGAAAAGUAGCCAUGAGUGGACUCAAUGGCGUGAAGACCUAGCAACCGAGAUGUGGCAAAUAUGGAGAGGAGAACGUGGCGUGUAG